UGGUAGGUCAUUGCAUUCAGACUCCAGAAACCUACUGCAUAAUCUCUCUCUGAACACUCCACUCCUGACACCAUGUGUUACUAUGGAAGCUACUAUAGAGGCCUAGGCUAUGGCUAUGGCUGUGGCUAUGGCUAUGGCUGUGGCUAUGGCUGUGGCUAUGGCUGUGGCUAUGGCUGUGGCUAUGGUGGCUAUGGUUAUGGCUGCUGCCUCCCACUGUGCUGUAGAAGAUACGGCUGCUGUGGCUUCUACUGAGGACAUUAAUGCAGAUACCCAGCCUUUCUAGCCAGAAGCGCUUCCAAGUGUUUUCAUACCAGAAACUCAAACAUGUCUUCAAAAAUUCUAACUUUAGGACAAAAUAUAUAAAAUAUGUUUGAAAUU